AUACAGUAAUUUCAUCUUCUUGUUUUUUUAUUUAUUUUAUUUUUUUAUAAACAGGUUAUAAUUUCUUUCGUUGGCGUUAUCAAAACCUAACGGCGCUGCUACUUCUCCAACUCUGCACUGUUGAGUUGAGCUGUUACCACUUUCAUCAACCAUGGCUGAGAAGAAGCGGAAAGAGAGAGCCGACACCAGCCGCAACCGUAACACCGGAAAAAAGAAAUCGAAGAAGGAUUCAGGCCGCAAAAAAACCGGUCCUCAUUUACCUUCAUCACUGAAAAAAGAAAUCGAACGCUUAAACCCUAACCCUAUCGAUGUCGAUGAAAUCGACAGUGACGUAUACGAAUACGAAGAAGAAUUACCUGAAGAAGAAUCAAGGAAGAAUAAGCGAUACGAUCCUGUAGCUGUCAAUGAUGACGUUAACUUUUCUUCUGAUUUCGAGGACGAGAAUGUACAAUCGGACGACGAAAAUGAUGACGAAAUCGACACUAUUUUCGAAGGAAUCACCGAUAAUAAUAAGAAGGUGAUGGUGAAGAAUGAUGUUAUUCCAGAGCUAUAUCCUGAGUCUGAAUAUAAUCCUAGUCGUGAUGUUGUGGAAGGCGAUGGACGCGUUAGCAUCGAGGAUCUUCUUAAUCCUCUUAGUGAAGAACCUGAAUUUGCAAAACUUAGGAAGAGAAAUCAACUAAUUGAGAAACAUGCUAGAACUGUUUAUGCACCACUUCCGAAGGCAGAGCAAGCGAAGGUUGAUAGGAAGGUAGCAUAUGAAAUAACAAAGAAAGAAGUCACAAAGUGGCAACCUAUUAUUCAGAAAAACAGAGAGGCACCUACUAUAUUCUUUGAUGAGAAUACAGAUCUUGGGUUUUCAACUAUAGGAGCAAUAGCUUCUGAAUUUGAACCCAGGACUGAAUUUGAGAAGAAAAUGGCUGCACUGGUUCAUAAUGACAAAGUUAUUGAAGCUCAUAACAAGGAUGGUUCUAGGCUUCUUGAAUUAAACAAGAUUUCUAUCGAAGAUGAGAAGGAAAGGCAAAACCGGAUGGCUAAAAUGCGAAGCCUUCUUUUUCGUCAUGAAAUAAAGUUCAAGCAUGUGAAAAAGAUAAAGUCCAGAACAUUUCAUCGUUUGUUAAAGAAAGAUAAAUUGAAGGCAUUGUCUUCUCAAUUGGAAAUGGAUCCUGAAGCUGCUAAUGAAUAUGCUUUGAAACAAGAACGCCAGAGGGUGGAGGAACGCAUGACUCUGAAACACAAACACAACAGUAAGUGGCUUCAACGUAACAAGCAACGUGGUUUAGAUAAGCAGGAUGAAGGAACUCGUGCUGCCGUGAUUGAACAUUUUCAAAGACAUGAUGAACUGACUAGAAAAAUCAAUACUAUGGACAGUAGCAGCAGCAGCAGUGAUGAUAGCAGUGAUGAAGAUGAUGAUGAUAUUACUGCUGAUUCUGAUCCGGAUAAGGAUAACAAGAUUUUGCGAAAAGCAAAACAAAAGACACUAGAAGUGUUGGAGGAAGAUGAUGAAAUUCCCACAUCAGGAUUGCUAUCUUUACCUUUUAUGAGGCGUGGAUUGGAGAAAAGAAAAGAGGCAACUAUUGAUGAAGUCAACCUAACUCUUCAUGAAUUUGAAGAUUCCAUGAAGAAGCCGGAGGAUUCUGGCGGCUCAGAAGAUCCAAAAGUAGCAUCUACCAGUGGCAGAAGAGUAUUUGGAACGGCUAAAGCCCAGACAAUUGAUGCUUCUAGUAAGGUGAAAUUAGAUAAAUUUUACGAUAACAGUGACGGUGAGGAUGAAUUGGAGGCCAGCAAAAGUGGGAACAAUGAGAAUGGGGGAAGUGAUCUUCUGCAGAAGGAUGUCAUCAAUGAUUCGGUUUUAAAUCAAGAGGAUUUAGAUACUCGCAAAGAAUCUGUUUUUAAGAACUUUGAUGAAGUUGUAAAAAACCCUGGGCCAAAAACUACAUACGAAGUUUCCAUAUUUGCCUCAAAUACAUGGAAAAAGGCAAAAAACACAAAUAAUGUAGACACAGACAUCAAGAAGUCUCCAAAGUUUACAGGGCCUGUUAGGCACAAUGUGAAGAACACUGAAAGCGAUCAAUUGGGAGAGCAGAGCGAUACGGAUGAUGAAGGACAGAUGGUGGAUGGAAUUCUGACUUCUGCAUCUAAACCAUCUUAUAAACUUCCAUCUCAAGAGGAGCUCAUUGCACAAACUUUUGCUGGGGAUGAUGUAGAAGGUGAUUUUGAAAAUGAUAAGCAGGCGAUCCUCAAUGAAGAAAAUCCUGAGCCAGAAACGCCCCAAGAUCUUCCUGGUUGGGGAAACUGGACUAAUGUACAGAAAAAGAUUGGUUUACCACCCCGGAUGGUCAAAGAACAUGAAGUUGCCGUGAGAAAAAGGGAAGACAGACUGAAUAUGAGAAAGGAUGCUAAGCUUACACAUGUGAUUAUCUCCGAAAAACCAAGCAAGAAGGCUGAGAAACUCUAUACAAAAACCGUGCCCUAUCCUUACCCUUCCAAAGAGAUGUUUGAUCAGAUUAAUCGUACGCCCGUUGGACCAGAUUUUAACCCGACAACUACAGUUGGAGCUCUUAUUCGGCCUGAAGUGGUGAAGAAACCAGGUGUUAUUAUAAAACCAGUAGAGUUUGAGGAAGUGAAUCCUCAUGGUAAACCAGUGCAACAAAGUGUUAAGCACAAGUUGAAGAAAACAAAAGGCAAUGAUAGCCUAGCCGUAAAAAAAUCGAAGUUCAAGGGAAAAAGAUCAGCGGGAAAGUGAAUUACGAUUCUGAUCCAGUUCUAGAAAUAUUCACCAUUUUCAGUCUAUUCUUUGCAAAGAACAACUUUGGAGAUUGAAAGAAGAGUAAAAACAAAUUUUAGCAGGCGGAAGCUUAUGUCAUCCAAGAGAAAUAAUAGAACGAGGGAGGGUUGCUUCCCUUGGUGUAUUAGUAUUCACAGGUUAAAUUAUUGAUUUUAUUGUUUUUAAAUUUAAAAAUGUUAUUUUAUUUCCCUAUUUGUUAUGUUUAAGCUGUUAAGGUAGUGGCAAAGAAUCUAAUACUGGCAUACUGCGACAGAUUUCUUAUUUUGUAGUUGUAUCAGAUACUUUUUAUAUUUUAUAUAUGAAGCUGUGAGAUCUCAUGUUUGUUUUUCAA